AUGGCAUUGAAUCGUCGUCUGGUCAAUGUAAUUUCGACAAAUAAUACGAAAACGACUUGGUCCCGUCAGUCGAUCCUGAGCUGGUGCAAUCAAGUCCUAAGCACCGAUAUUCAAAAGAUCGAUGAUCUGUGCACUGGGGCAGCCUAUUGCUGCCUCAUGGACAUUCUGAUGCCAGACUGUAUUAACCUGAGCAAAGUGAAAUUUAAGUGCUACCUAGAGAACCACUACAUCCACAAUUUAGCCCUGUUGCAACAGUGCUUCAACAAACUAAAGAUCAACAAGAGUAUUCCAAUCCAUAAGCUGGUCAGGGGCAAAUUCCAGGACAAUUACGAGUUCGCUGUAUGGUUCCGUUUGUUCUUUGAGGCCAACUUCCAUAAAUUGCCUGAGGGCUACGAUGCCAUGGUCAGGCGCAACUAUCAGACAUUCACCAAGGACCUGAAGUCCUCCAUGCAGAAGGUCCAGCGUGCUGACACGACCGUCGCCAUCACACCAAAGGGGGCUCGCGAACGCGGCCACUCCCGUGAUCCGAACAUGACGGAGCAGACGGUCCGUGUGGCGCCCAUAACGGGUAUAGCCAGAGCCCGAGCCAUUGGCGGGCAAUCGACAAACUUGAAUCGAGGUUAA